AUGCUUGGUUGUGAUGGAUCAAUUUUACUUAAUGAUACUGCUAAUAACGAAAGGGAUGUAAUUUUCAAUAAGAACUCAGCAAGAGGUUACGAACUCAUAGACAAUGCGAAAACAGAGGUCGAAAAAAUAUGCCCCGGUGUCGUAUCUUGUGCUGAUAUUCUAGCAGUCGCAGCUCGUGACGCAUCGGUUGCAGUGAGUGGUCCAUCAUGGACGGUGAAGCUUGGAAGAAGAGAUUCAACAACACCAUAUCCAGAUGUUGCAUUGUCUGAUCUUCCUCGUUUCACCGAAAGCCUUCCGGAACUUAUAGCUAGAUUCGAACACAAAGGCCUAAGUGAAAGGGACAUGGUUGCCUUGUCAGGUUCGCAUUCAAUCGGACAAGCUCAAUGCUUCACAUUCCGCGACAGAAUUUAUAAUGGCGGCGACAUUGAUGCUGGCUUCGCUAGCACUCGAAGACGCGGUUGUCCGGUUAGCUCAGGUGAUUCAAAGUUGGCACCACUUGAGCUGGUGACACCAAAUCAAUUGGACAAUAAUUACUUCAAGAACUUGCUUCAGAAGAAAGGUCUUCUUCAAUCUGAUCAGGUUCUAUUCAGUGGAGGAUCAACGGACAGCAUCGUAUCUGAAUAUAGUAGGAACCCUUCAAAAUUUCUGUCUGACUUUGCAUCUGCCAUGGUUAAAAUGGGAGAUAUUGAACCUCUUACUGGUUCUGCUGGACAGAUAAGGAGGAUUUGUCAUGCUGUCAACUAAAAAUUUGGAGCCUAUAGCUAGCUACUAUAUUGGACUUGUCAAAUGUAUAUGCUGCCUUUAAAUUCUGUCUUUGAUUUGUAUUCAAAUUAAAAAGAAAAAAAUUAUUAAAUUUUUAAUAAGUAGACACUUAUAGUUA